AUGACCACCAGCAAACCUGAGCUUAAAGAGGUCAACAAUCAUACAUACACGACAAAAAAGUUGUUCAAAUCAAACGAUGCUGAAAAGGGACAUGAAACGAGAAGCAAAAUAAGCAGCCGUCCUUCUUCUAGAAAGCAAAACUCAUUAUUUGAUGCAUUGGACCACACGAUGUCUGCACUUGCAGAGCUAUCGAAAGACUUGCCAGAAAAAGACAAUUUUUUAAACGAAAGGACAGUCACCGCUCAUUCUUCCUCUGUGGUUGAAACUCAAAUUCAGAGAACCUCUCAAGUAACUUAUUUGAAGGAGAUAUUACAUAACUCGUCUUCUGCUUCUCCCAUGUGUUCUACAUUGGUUCACUCGGUCAAAGGACACACUAAAGUCAAUGCUUUGAAGCAAAUUUUCUCUGAUCCUUUCCCAGUUACGACAGCGCCUUCAUUUUCAAAUUCUGCCGCCAGAAAAUGUUCUCAAGUGGAAGCCCUAAAACAUAAACUUUUGAAAUCUUCUAAUUGUACCAAGCCUUUUCAUCUGGCCCCAACAGGCAAGAUUGUUUCUCAGAUUGAUGCAUUGAAUCCGAACAAAGAUCAGCCCAAGAUGGUCCAUGAUUAUACCAGCUCAGAUCAUAUACAGAUUAAGAAAAAAAUAAGUGAGUUGAACAGCUUUUUUGGUGCCGCUCGUGUACCCAGACAACCCUCCAAACUAACGAGUCCUCUGAGAUAUACCGAGAAUACCUCGAGGGGCAGGCUAGCUCAGACAGAUAAAGACACCUUGCGCCCGAUCGCUCCUAUAAUUAGAAGGUCUACCGUUGCUGCUGCUUUGUCUUCGUUGAAGUCAAAAAAUGAGCUGAAUAAUCUUACUUUUGCUCAAAAGAAGGAAUUUGAGGCUUCCAAAAGUGCAAAGAACGCCAAAAAGAAUGGCUUGAUCGAAAAGAUCUCCAUAUUGAAGAAAAAGAUGGAUAAAGAGAUGAGCACUGAUAAAUUAAGAAAAACAGAGAAGAGAAAUAGUGAAGAUUUGGUUGAAAUUGAGCCUUCAAUUACUUUCCACCAAAAGAAGUGUGAGAUGUCUUCAGCAAUGCUGAGGAUGGCGACGAAACUUGAAGCUGCACUUAUCGCACAAGGUAAUUUGCCAUUUGAUGGUCGUGCUACCCCCUUGAUCAACCUAAAAGGAGGGAAUCUGAUCUUGACGACCCGUUCUAAGACGAAUUUCGAAGAUGACGAUAGGAAUGCAGCUAUUAAGACUACGCUUGAUGAUUUCAUUUGCAAUCGUACCUCUACGAAAAAGAAUGGAGAAGAAUUUAAACUGCAAAAGAACUCUCAAGUCGAUAAAAUGAAAUCGGUAGCUUCUACUUCACCUCCAUCGAUGCUAGAGGUAAAUGACCGAAAUACUGCUUUACUUUCUCCACCUCCACUUCCGCCUGUCUUGGGCGCCUCUUCCGGUCCUGCUCCAGCACCUCCUCCACUCCCAGGCUUUCUCACCAGCUCCCAGCUUCCACUGCAUUCUCCAACACCACAACCUUUAGUGCGUCACAAUGCACCAACUUCAAGACCGAAUCCACCCAAUUCUGCUUCAACUACCACCGAUACUUCAAGAUUCGCCGGUGCGACCAAGCCCGUCGUUUUAAGUGCAAAGUUAAAGAGAGUUGCGGCUGUGAAAUGUCAUCAUGGUACCUUUGAAGAGAAGAGAGAGCUAUUUGGAGCCUUUUUUGCCGCUUCUCAAUUAAAACCUUCAGAAUAUUCUUCAUGA